AUGGCCUCGUUGGCAGGGGGAUGUCUCGGCUUCUCGUCAAAUACUGGACCGCAGUCAUGUUGCUUGAUGAGCCGUCUCCGCAAAACAAGAAGCAGAAGCAGAUCUAUCAGCACCCAGACACUCACCAGAAGGAGGUCGAGAGGUGUGACCCACGGCACCGGCAGCGACAAGACCGUUGCGCUUCGUCUCGAAGGCCUGACCCUGACCCCCGUCGACAAUGGCGAGAUCCUCCAGGGUGACCAGAAGCCACAGGCGGCCGCCCACCUCGAGUGGCUGCCCGACUUUGACAUGGUCAACCACAGGACGCUGUUUACGCCGCCACGGUCCAUCCCCGCCGAGACCAGACUGCAGGAAGAGAUGACCCUGCUCUGUAUAAUGAAGACGCUCCAGAGGAUCCAGGGACUCGGGCCGUGCGGCUGGCACUUUGAAAAGUUCCGCGACUGGCUCGACCUCGAGGUGCAGCGCGCGCGUGACGGCACAUACCCACUGCUGCUGCCCGAUGAGGCCAAGGCGUACCUGGAACUGGACUCGCCCACUCGAUACGCCAUGAUCGAGGAGCGCUGUGAUCACCUUCUUACAAUGUCCAAGGGCGCCGUAGCUACGGGUAUCAAGCGUAUCUACAACAGCUGCGAGGAAAUCUUCACUGGGAGCAAGGACACUCUCGACACCCUGGUGCAAGGGGGCGUCCUAACCAGGAUAUAUGACGCCGUCAGCUUCGGAAAAGGUGACUUUUUCAAGCUCGACGGAUCGCUCACCCUGAGUGUGGCAACUGAGUUCCGGCGAUGCCGGGUCGAGACAACCGUCUACGGACUAGGUGACGAGCUUCCAACAGAUCCUGAGGCAAUGUUCGCCACCGUCAGCAGCCAGCAAAAGGUCGACUAUCUGAUCAAGGCCUUUGGCAUCCCAAAGGAUCACAUUUUCCAGUCACGCGACGAUUCCCUCGCCACCGACCUGAAGCGCACGACAUGCAACCGUGGCGUUGACAUAUUCCUCAAAACCGUCUCGAGCGAGCUGCUCCAUGCGGUGUGGGAGUGCGUGGCCGGCCAUGCUGAGUCUGCCGCCGACAUCAAAAAGGCCAUCUCCCUCGCAUCGCGCCGUUCAAGGGGUGUCAUCCACCUGACCAUGGUGCUCAGGGACUCUCCGGGUCACUCGGUUGAGAGACUGCGCUACGCGGGCCCCUGGAUAAGCACUGGCCAGGUAGCCAUGGGCUUGCGUGAUGGAGAGGACCUCCGAGACCUCAGCACGCGGACCAACUGGCGGUGCGAUCGACGAAUGGGGUUCUACCACAACGCGACAGCUAGCCCGGCUACGUUGGGCGAGGCUGCGAGUGUCAACUUCCUGGCCCGCCAGGUGGGCGCCAAGGUCUUCAGCCCCAUGCUCAAAGAGGACCACGAGGUCGUCGACAGGAGCGGUACUUUUGUGGCGACCUGGACGGCCGCCUGUCGGUGCCUUGCGGUAUCCCGCCGGCAGUAUCAAUGCGUACCGCUUCGCCACUGGUGUUCUGAAGCUCUGUCUGGUCAUGGGUCUUCAGAUACACGCCAACACGCCGCCACAUCCGUAGCGAGGGCGGCGGAUGGCACUUGGCAGGUUACCACCCCGCGGAGCACCGUGGUCGCCAAGGAAGUAGUCCUCGCUACGAAUGUGUAUACGGCCGCGCUUGAUCCGCGCUUCCAAGGUGUCGUGGUGCCCAUACACGGAGACAGGUCACGGCUCAACGGCCGGGGUUGA